GGUGGCGGGGCUGGUGGCUGGCGCUGCUGCUGCUGUGUGCCGUGUGGAUGCGGCGGGCUCCGGCGGCCGCGGGUUUGCCGGCUGCUACCAAAGGGGAUGAAGAAGCCGUGGCAGAGCCGUUUUUACAUUAAUUGCUGUCACUGCUAAGAUCUGAGACAAGGUGGUGUUGAUGCUAGCUGAAGGAAAUUUCUACGGCCCACGUAUAGCUUGCUUGUACGAUUGUAAACCAUGCCUUUAGUCAAGCGGAACAUCGAACCCAGGCAUCUCUGCCGAGGAGCGCUACCAGAAGGGAUUUCCAGUGAACUGGAAUGUGUAACCAAUAGUACUCUGGCAGCUAUCAUACGACAGUUAAGCAGUCUAAGCAAACAUGCUGAAGACAUAUUUGGUGAGUUGUUUAAUGAGGCCAACAACUUUUACAUCAGAGCAAAUUCUCUUCAAGACAGAAUUGAUCGCCUCGCUGUCAAAGUUACCCAGCUGGAUUCAACAGUGGAAGAGGUAUCAUUGCAGGAUAUCAAUAUGAAGAAAGCAUUCAAAAGCUCUACAAUACAAGACCAGCAGGUAGUUUCCAAGAACAGUAUCCCCAAUCCAGUUUCUGACAUUUACAAUCAGAGUGAUAAGCCACCUCCCCUGAAUAUACUUACACCUUACAGGGAUGAUAAGAAAGAUGGGUUAAAGUUCUAUACUGAUCCUUCCUAUUUCUUUGAUCUCUGGAAAGAGAAAAUGCUACAGGAUACGGAAGACAAAAGGAAAGAGAAAAGAAGACAAAAGGAGCAAAAGCGUAUAGAUGGCACAACCCGUGAGGUGAAAAAGGUUAGAAAAGCCAGGAACAGGCGCCAGGAGUGGAAUAUGAUGGCAUAUGACAAAGAGCUUAGACCUGACAACAGGUUGUCUCAGAGUGUGUACCAUGGAGCAUCUUCCGAGGGAUCCCUGUCCCCAGAUACUAGGUCCCAUGCAUCUGAUGUGACUGAUUAUUCUUAUCCCGCUACCCCAAAUCAUUCUCUUCAUCAGCAGCCAGUGACUCCUUCUUAUGUAGCAGGGGAUGCACAGCAGUAUGGGGCUUCCAACCAAGCCCUGGAGCAUGAGUAUAACAGGCCUCCUUCUGCCACAGUCAGGCACAUGACUUUGAACAGACCUCAGCAGCCACCCCCACCCCCACCACAGGCCUCGGAGGGCUCACAGGCCCCUGCUCCUUUGGCGCCGUCGGACUAUGGGAUGCUCCCAGCACAAAUAAUUGAAUAUUACAACCCAUCAGGACCACCACCACCUCCACCGCCUCCCAUGAUUCCUUCAGCACAAACUGCUUUUGUUAGCCCUCUCCAGAUUCCUACACCGUCUUCCUAUGCUCCAUUAGCGACUAGUUCCACAUACACUCCUACUCCCCAUCCACCUUCUACUGGGCUUGUUGUUACAGCUCCUCCUCCUCCAGGCCCCCCACCUCCUCCACCUGGCCCUCCUGUAGCAGGGCCUUCUCUUUCAUCCUCCCCCAUGCAUGGUCCUGCAGGGGCUGAAGCAAAGAGACAAGAACCCACUCAGCCAGCAAUCAGUGAUGCUCGGAGUGACCUUCUUGCUGCCAUUCGGAUGGGAAUUCAGCUGAAAAAAGUGCAAGAACAACGGGAACAGGAAGCAAAACGAGAGCCUGUGGGAAAUGAUGUGGCGACGAUCCUGUCCAGAAGGAUCGCGGUGGAGUACAGCGAUUCUGACGACGACUCGGAGUUUGAUGAGAACGACUGGUCCGACUGAGGCUCUCUCCUUAGCACACCACGUGGGGCGGCUGAUUGAAAUUGAUGACACCGUUGGCCGACAAGGAAGGCAGUGUGUUGAAAAUUUGUAGUGGCCUCAGUGCUCGUGUAAUGCUAUUAUAACACCGUAGCUUAGCAACUUUUGUAUUAAUAAUGUGAUUACGCUUUCUGCACAUCCAAAAAUUUCAGGUUUGUUUUUUCCAGUAUUUACUGUGUAAUACUUAAGUGCCACUAAACCUAGCAAAUCAUGUGCUUCACACAAGAAAAUGUGCUGUUGUCGCACUGUUAUGGAUGGAGCAAGCCUUUUAUUUGCCUCCUGGCCAGGGAAGGAGUUUUAUUUCACAUUCAUUGUUCAGUAUGACUCUGCUGACUUGGAUUCUAUUUGUGAAGCUGCCUGGUUGUGAGACCGUUGCAAAAUCCACAGCUUCGUGUCAGAGUGAUUGUCUUCAGAUCAGUCAGACAAUUUGUUGCGUUGCUUUGCUCUUAGUAUAUGCUUCUGAAUUUGGCACAAGGGGAGAAAAAUUACCAAGUGAACACAAACAAAAUCUCUUAACAUGCUUAUGUGCUUUAUUUCUUGGUUUAGUAGCCUGUGUGUGAACUUGAAUGUUUUCUCAUAGAACACAAUUUCCUUUGCAUACUCUUUGACAGUCCUCAGAAAUCACCAGAAACUGCAAAAUUGCAAAGGACUCCACAGUGAUUUUCCCUCAUCCUGUGGGUACUCAGUAAAUACAGUUCAUGAUCUUUACAAAGGGCUCCAGGGCCUCCAUACUGAUAAUGCAGUGAAAGAGGGGGCCUUUCUGCCUGGGGUGGGGGGGGGGGGUUGCCAAUGGAUAUCUGUUGAGUUUUACAGUGGUUAAUUAAUGGUAACUCUUCAGAGAUAGCCUAAGAUCAUUUGAGAAUCUUGACUUUUCAGUCAAUGAACCACAAAAAAACAGGUCUAAGAAGCCAGAGUUUAGAUAAAACUUGUAAUUAGUAUUUUCCCACUUUUAGUUGGUUCUUUCUAGAGGCAGAGAUAAACCACACUGUUGGUAUCCUGAAAGCACAUUAAUUUCUAAUGCAGUUAGCUUUGGCACACAGAGCAGAAAUGUACCUCACUAAGCUUUCUUGAUCAUCUUCGUGAAUGGAGCAUCUCACUAAACUCCCCACCCCAUUACCCCAUUUACUUUUCUCUCCUGGCUGUUGUUUAUAUUUGUUUAGGCUUAAGAGCCACAGAAGCCAAUGUUCCACCUUGGAAUGAUCUGUUGGAAAUCCAUACAUUAGAGCUUCUGUUUUUUUAAUUCCGGGUGAACUAUAACCACUUUUUUAACCUAAGUUAAUUUCCCAUGCUUUGGUUAUAGUUUGUGAGACUACUGACUCACACUCUGCUCAUAUUAAAAAAAAAGACUGUAAAAUUUUAAG